AUGAGCGGGCCCGGCCCGCCGGCGGCCCCCGGCCCCCGCCGCGAGGGGUUCGGCAGCCUCCUGGGGCGCCUCCGCGACAGUGAAGCCAAAAGGCUGGAAUUAGAAAGAAAAUUGAUGGAGUACAGAAAGUCUGAUGCACACCUAAUGAAACUAAAAUACAUGAAGCUGAAAAAAUACUUGAAAGAAAUAGAUGAACGACAAAAAGGAGCUCUUCUGCGAAACCAGACCUUUUUAAAGGAAUUCGACCAACUUGAAGCUCAUAUGAAAAUUUCAAGUUCAGAGAUGAUUCAGAAGAUGGAAACAUGGUAUGGAAGAGAAAUUAAAAGUAUAUUGUCACUUCAAGAGGGUAACAUGUCAGCAGAAGGUGACAAGGAAGAAGACUACAACGAGCAGAUGCCGUGGGUUGGAAGGCAGACAGAAAUUAGCACCGGAGCAGCCGUGCCAAGAGGACUGUAUCAUCCAGCAACAGUCUUUAUGGGCUGCCACACAUCAGCCGUCUCAGCUGCCGGAGGUUUGGGCAUGUGGCAGAAAUGCCUCCAGCCCGCAGAGAGCCACCUGGCACCCGACCCACCUUCGUGCUCUCCAUCGCUUGAAGGACUUGGUCCAGAGAACAGAAGCGCCGAUUUAGAGAGUGAUGCAUCAGUGGAGGGAGCAGUGAGACGUGGGGACCUGGCAGCCGGUGAGGAAGGCUCUGAGCAGCUCAUCUCCUCAGCAUCUGAUCCUGAACCAGCUGCCCCCGAGGAGGAACGGCUGCAGGGGAGCGUCCCAGGACCAAAGCCUUGCCUGAGUAACUGGUGGACUUGUAAGGAGGCGAGCUGGGAGAGCAGUGUUGAGCUCUCAGUCCCCGCGAGCGCCGAGGAGGCGAUGCCGAGCGCUCCUGGCAUGCUGCGGGGAAUGGCCUCACCAGCAGACGGCUGGGAGCAGGGCAGGGAUGCCUGCGCUGCGGAGGGCUCCCCGCUGCAACCACCAGACCCUCCCGCAGCGCAGGAGGAGCCCUCGGUCAGCGCAGCACCGGGCGGGCACCGCGGGAUGCUGGCGGGACUCUCCCGUGCACUGCAGCUGAUAGAAGACAUGGCGGUGAGGAUGAGCCCCCAGCACCGGGCGCUGUACCAGGGCGAGCACCUGGGGACGAUGGGGACGGAGGAGCUGCUCAGCUUUUGUAAUCGGGCCGACAGUCUGAAAGAAGACGACCUUGAAGCAUGCGAAGCAGUUGUCCUUCAUCAGCUUCGGGCUUUAUUACAGAGCCCGCUGAAUGGAUGCCUCCUACCUGAGAAAACGCUCGAUGCCAAAGGUAGAGCGGUGGAUGAAAAGCAAACCAGGCCAGACCAGCAGUGGGACGUGGACGAGCUGCAGACUUGCUUGAGCAACCAUGCCUUGCUCUUGAAAAAGCACCGGGUUCAGCUCACGGAAGAAGUGGCGGAGAUGUUUGAAAGCCUACUCGUUUCCGGCAAGACGGCGCAGGAUGGCCAGGCUCUGAGAGAGGUCCUUCCAGAAGAGUGUGGGGAUAGGUCAUCUAUUCAGAGCAAUGAAUCAUCUUACAGCUUGCCAUCGGUCCCAAACGACGGCGGGGAAAUAAAGCAGGCAAAAGACUCUCCCUGGCUCGCCGGCACGGGAGAACAAGAAGUCACAAGCUGGUGUGAAGAUGAGAGCAAGGAAGAAAGCGCGGUCGAAAAGAUUCCUAUUACAGGUUGGGAUAGUGGUGACAACAGUUUCAAAGCAAAAGCAAGCCAAGAAACGCGUUCGGAAACUAGUUCUUCAUCGAAUGAAAGAAGUCCUCCCUUCUCAAGGACUGAAACCAGGAAGGGAAUGGUAACUGCUAUAAAAUCCAAAGCUUUUUGGGGCGAAUCUGACGACAGCAGCUCCGAGAUUGAGGCUGCUUUGCGCCCACAAACUCACAGCACAGAAGCAGACGAAUUUGAUGACUUCUACGAUUAAGAUUCCCCUGCUCGCUUUUGGGAAGAAAUAAACAAUAUCGUCCUGUACAUGUUGAGAGUGGCGCUGUCUAAAGUGCAGCUCGUCACUUUAUAGUCAAAGAAACU